GUCCAAGAUGGCGGCGCUGCGGCAGCUCUUCCGAUGCUGUGUUUGUUUUUAACCAUUUUAACCUUUUUUAACCGUUAAUGUGCCAAAAACCACCGGCCGCUGUGGAACCGAGUCUUUACCGAAGCCUUCUGGAUUCCCGCUGCAGGCACCGAGAAGUUUCAGCUCCGUCCUCCGGUGAAAGAUGAAGCGGCAGGCCGGGAGGGAGAGCAGUCCGUCCAGAGCCAUCGCUAAGCGGAUACGGGAGCGGGAGAGCGCCCGCAGAGAGGAGCUGCCUCCCCCGCCGCUGGCUCUGCUGGUGACCGAGAGCCGCAGCUACCACCGCCGGAGCCGGGAGCGGGAGAAGCCCCGGCUCCGGGAGGAGCGGGCGGCCGCCUUGGAGCUCCACCACCGCCAUGAACUCAGCCUCCUCGGCCGCCCGCCGCUCCGGACCACCGCGGCCGAGCUCCCCGCCGCCAGGCCGGGCACGGUGGAGUACAAAACGCUGCUCAUCAGUAAUCUGGGCUCGCAGGUCUCGGACGAGGACGUGGAGGACGCCCUGUUCCAUGAAUUCAAAAAGUUUGGGGACGUCAGUGUGAAACUGUCCCACACCCCGGAGCUCGGCCGGAUCGCCUACGUGAACUUUCGCCACCCGGAGGACGCCAAGGAGGCCCGGCACGCCAGAUCUUCCAGGCUGGUUCUGGGCGAGCGGCAGCUGAAAAUGGAGCCCAUGUACGUGAGGAGGCGGAGUGUCACCCCGCCGGACGUUGGAUUUCUACCCCUGAACGCCCCCUACCCGUACCGGCAGCGCUCCCUGUCCCCGCCCGUCCCGGGGGUCAGCAACCUCCGGGAGCUGAGAGCCAGACACUUGGCCCUGGAGAGCCUGGCUCUGAGCAGAGACCGGGAGAGGCUGCUGGAUUACUACGGCAUGCUGGAUGAGAGGGGCCGGCCCUACGGCCUCCCGGUGGUCCCGGUAGUGGAGGACUUGAAGCCCGAGGAUGACCAGAGGGCCACCAGUAACCUCUUCAUCGGGAACCUGGACGGGAACGUGACGGAGGCCGUCCUCAGGAGGGGCUUUGAUAAAUAUGGCGUCAUUGAGGACGUGGUGAUUAAACGCCCGGCGCGUGGACAAGGUGGGGCUUAUGCUUUUGUCAAGUUUCAGAACCUGGACAUGGCCCACAGAGCCAAAGUGGCCAUGCAGGGCCGGCCCAUUGGUGGCAACCCCAUAAAGAUCGGUUAUGGCAAAGCGAACCCCACCACCCGCCUCUGGGUGGGGGGUCUGGGACCCGGGAACUCUCUGGCUGCCCUGGCUCGGGAGUUCGAUCGCUUCGGGAGCAUCAGGAACAUAGACUAUGUGAAGGGGGACAACUUCGCCUACAUUCAGUACGAGAGUCUGGACGCAGCUCAGGCUGCCUGCACGCAGAUGAGGGGGUUUCCUUUGGCGGGCCUGGAGCACCGCCUCAGGGUGGACUUUGCUAAAGUUGAGGAGAGCCCCACUCGUCCUUUCCCUCUUGGUUACCAGCCUCCUGUUGUGCUCCCAGCCCACUAUGACCUCCUGGGGGAGGCGUACAGCCGCCAUCGCAGCCUGGAGCGGGAGCUGAGGGGCGCCAGGGACCGCUCUCCCCCCUCCCACAGCCUGCUCUCACUGAGGGACAGGGCCUUGUUAGAGGUAGACUUUCCAAGCAGUCCAUCUCGAACCCUGGAGCGGAGGCCCGGGGGGGUGGAGGCAUUUGGGAAGAGAGGAGCGAGCAGCCGCAGUAAGAGCCGGGAGCACUGGUUGAAGGAGCGAGAGGAGAGGAAGAACCGGAGGAAGAGCCGGAGUCCGUCCACCGACAGGCAGACAGAGGAGAAGGACAGGGGGAGGUCCAGGGCUCGAGGUCCUGGAGGAGCCGUCUCCCCUGAAGCAAGCCCGGACUGUGCACGGGUUCGAGCCCCCGACUCCACUACAGAACCGCAAGAUCACUCCCCCGAUAUCGGAGGAGCGGGUCGGCAUGCCACCACCACCGAAGAAGAGCCGACAUCCGGGCGCCACCACAGCAAGAGGUCCUCCGUGGACCACCUGAACAACCAGCACCACCGGGGCAGCGAGGCGGUGGUCCCUGGCUCCCCCGCCGCCCCCACAGACACCUCCUCUCCACCGUGCACGCUGUCCGAGUUCGCCCAGAGCGCUCUGUCCAAACUGUGGCGUGGCUUUUUCGCCCUGAAGAACAGCAGCUUCCCCACCGACCUGUUCCUGCUGGAGGGCGGCGCCGCCUUCUUCAACACGGUGAUGACGCUGCAGAACCAGAACCAGCCCAGUCAGCUGAAGAUCGCCCAGCGGCUGCGCAUGGACCAGGCUCGGCUUGACGAGGUGCUGCGCCGCAUCAAGCUGGGCCGCCCCGACGGCUUCGCCAUCCUUCUGGCCCUGCAGGGCCCCGUGGACCGGCAGGCUCCGGGCCCCGAGCCGGGCCUGCAGGUGCGCCUGAUGCGCCACCUGGUCACGUACCUGCGGAACAAAGAGGCUGCCGGCGUGGUGAGCCUGCCCACCGCCAAGGAGAGCGGGCCGGGCGCCAUGCUGUACGCCUUCCCCCCCGGAGAGUUCUCGCAGCAGUUCCUGCAGGAGGCCAAGAGGACUGUGGGUAAUCUGGACGAGGAGCACGUGGUGGUCGUGAUCGUUAAAGACACUAACUGAUGAUUGUACAGGAAGCAUGAGAGGACAUGUUUUUAAACUUUUAAUGGUUUCAUUCAGGCGGAACCUGAAGUUACACUACACGUUCCUCUUCCUUCACCUCGGACCGUCCUCUGUGUCCCUCUGCAGGACAGAUGUCUGUCGGGUCCAAUGUCCUCUGUGUCCCUCUGCAGGACGAACGUCUGUCGAGUCCGAUGAGAAGUGAAAAACCUCCGAGGACAGACGAUCUCUGAAACACGCGACACUAAAUCCAGCAGGACUGUUUCUGUGCUUCUGACUUUAUUAGAUCUUUACUGUGACCCGACAGCUCAGGUGUCCUUCACCGGGUCGGUCCACUCAGUACCAGCUGCUUCUGGUUCUGAACACUGCUCCACUGAUCUUCAGCGUUCGGACCGUUUCCAAAAACAACAAGUUAAGAUUGUUCAGACUUGGACUCGACCAGCAGAUGAACGUUUGUGAACGUUUCUUCUAUUUGUAAAAAAAAAAAAAAAAAAGUUUUGAACUUUCUAAAAAAAAAAAAAAAAAAGUCUCUGAACACAAACCGUGUUUUUCAGAUUCUGCCUUCGGUUCAGAAUGUUUUAGUCCAGGCUUGAAUCAUUUCUUGUAGUUUUUGACAGAUCUGACCCUGAAUAUUUGGUGAAACAGCCCUUUAUGAGUUCAGGGCUGUUUUUAUUGGGGGGGAGUUUGGAGGAAACGGCCCCCCAGCUCUGCUCUGCUGUUUUUAUCAUUCCAGUCUUCAGCUUGCUGCAGGAGCACGACGAACACGUCCGGAUGGAAGCUUCUCUUCAGCCCGACGUCCGUCUGGUUCUGGUUGGAUUUCAUUUUUUAUGUUUUAAAUUCGAUCAGAUCGGUGAGAAACUCGAACUGUUGGACGUCGUUCACAGACGAUUAACGGCAAAACACGUUAAAAAAGAAAAAAGAAGUUGGCAACACUAAGGUUUUGUUGAAUAAAUGAAAUCAGAAAAAGGAACAGAACAGCUUGAUAUAUGAAGUAUGAUCAGCUGUUGUUUAUACAAAUAAACAAGUAAACAAAACGUUUAAGGUGUGAAAUGACCCGCGGGUCCUUCAGAACAAAAUCAGCUGUUUUUUACAGAACUAUUUAAAGAUUUAUUUUGGUGUUGUGAUGUAAACGAGUCCUCGUGUGAAUGUUUCAUUUCUCCUCUUAGGUUCAGUAUUUUUUAUUCUGAAUAUUAAAACCUGUUUUAUAAAA